AUGGAGAAGGUCGAUACAACAGAUCGCCUAACCCGGCUAAGGGAGCUCAUGCAGAAGCACAAGGUCGACAUCUACAUCAUUCCUUCAGAAGAUAGCCAUUCCUCCGAAUAUAUUGCGCCAUGUGACGCGAGAAGGGAAUACAUAACAGGAUUUACCGGAUCUGCGGGGUGCGCGGUGGUCACUCAUGAGAAGGCAGCGCUGGCUACGGACGGUCGAUACUUCAAUCAAGCAACAAAACAAUUGGAUUCGAAUUGGCUGCUGCUCAAGCAAGGAUUGCAGGAUGUUCCAACUUGGCAAGAAUGGUCUGCAGAUCAAUCAGAGGGAGGAAAAAUUGUUGGUGUUGAUCCUACAGUCAUCUCUGCACCAGAUGCACGAAAGCUGGCAGAGAAAAUCAAGAAACGAGGCGGACAAGAGCUGAUGGCGAUCGAAGAGAACCUCGUAGACCAGAUCUGGGGCACAGGACGUCCUCCUAGGCCCAGCGAGCCUGUCAAGGUUCUGGCAAAGCAGUUCGCCGGAAAGGAUGUGAAGACCAAGCUGGACGAACUUCGAAAGGAUCUGGAAAAGAAGAAGAGCUCUGGAUUUGUGGUCUCCAUGCUGGACGAGAUUGCAUGGCUGUUCAAUAUGCGAGGCAACGAUAUUCCAUACAACCCGGUCUUCUUUUCCUAUGCCAGCGUCACACCUACCACGGCAACUUUGUAUGUCGACGAGAGCAACCUCAGCAGCGAGUGCAAAACGUAUCUUACUGACAAUGGGGUCUCCGUUCGGCCUUAUGAGAAGAUCUUUGAGGAUACCCAGGUGCUAGGCCAGUCUCUGGCUUCGACUAAUGGAGAUGGCCCUCCAGAGGCGAAGAUCAGAAAGUUCCUUGUGUCAAACAAGACUUCCUGGGCUUUGAAGAGGUCACUGGGUGGAGAGACAAAAGUCGAUGAACUGCGAAGCCCCAUUGGGGAUGCUAAAGCUGUGAAAAAUGAGACCGAGCUUGAGGGAAUGAGGCAAUGCCAUAUCCGAGAUGGAGCAGCUCUGAUUGAGUACUUUUCCUGGCUCGAGGAUCAACUCAAUGUCCACAAAGUGGAGCUGGAUGAGGUUGCAGCAGCUGAUAAGCUGGAAGAAAUGCGAUCAAAGCACAAGCACUUUGUUGGGCUCUCGUUUGAUACGAUUUCGUCGACUGGAGCCAAUGCUGCGGUCAUUCAUUACAAGCCUGAACGAGGCAAUUGCUCAACCAUUGAUCCGAAGGCGAUAUACCUCUGUGAUUCUGGAGCGCAGUACUUCGAUGGGACUACGGACACUACUCGCACCCUCCACUUCGGAGAACCGACUGAGAUGGAAAGGAAGGCUUAUACCCUGGUCUUGAAAGGCCAUAUUGCCUUGGAUGUUGCCAUAUUCCCCAAGGGAACUACUGGCUUCGCUUUGGACACUCUAGCAAGACAAUUUCUAUGGGAAGAAGGUUUGGACUAUCGACACGGCACAGGUCACGGUGUAGGCUCAUACCUCAACGUCCACGAAGGCCCAAUCGGCAUCGGAACCCGAAUCCAAUACUCCGAAGUCCCGUUGGCACCCGGAAACGUGAUUUCCAAUGAGCCGGGCUACUAUGAAGACGGUACCUUCGGCAUCCGAAUCGAGAACAUCGUCAUGGUGAAAGAAGCAGAAACGAAGCACAAAUUCGGCGAUAAGCCAUACCUUGGCUUUGAGCAUGUAACAAUGGUCCCUUACUGCCGAAAAUUAAUUGACGAGACCCUCUUGACGAGAAGAGAGAAGAACUGGUUGAACGAAUAUCACGCCGAUGUCCAUGCCAAGACGAAAGAUUUCUUCAAGGAGAACGAGCUGGAGAUGAAGUGGUUGGAGCGGGAGACGGUACCAUUCUAAUUACAUUCCAAGAUACUUACGUACCUACAAGGGGUUGGUCACUUCCAUUUCCUUUGAGAAAAUGGUAAGAUGGAGCAGCACAGCUUGGGACCAUGGAACGGAGGCAGGAGGCAAGCAUGAACUCGGUAUGAGCCACACCACAUAUCUUAAUUUGAAUUCCCUAGAAGUGCAUGAAGGCUGCUAAUGCAAACGUCGUUCCGAACGAGAUCUUGAACGCUACGUUAUCUUGCACCGCGGACCGCAGGUCGAUGCUCGUGACAUAUUUUUGCAGGCGGUUGUAAGGGAUGAUGUGGAUGCCAUAGCUGGAUGCCCACUGU